GACAUAAUUGUUAAUAGUCUUCUCCUCCUUUGUCUAUAUAUAUUAACUCUCUUGUCUCUCAUUUUACAUAUCACACAGACACAAUCGCCACCACCAUAUAAUACAUAUUUACACACACUCACAAGCAUUCUCUUCCUUCAUUUAGUUACACAUAGUUCUUCAUCUCUUCUUCAAGAAUACUUCCUUUCACUUCCACUCAUGGGAGACAAUGUUGUAGUGUCCAACAUGGAGCUAGAGAGGUUGCUUAGCAUGAAAGGAGGCAAAGGAGAGGGUAGCUAUGCCAACAAUUCCCAAGCACAGGCCAUACAUGCCAAGUCCAUGCAUCACCUUCUGAAAGAAGCCCUAGAUGGAGUUCAACUUCAAGCCCCUAACAUCCCCUUUGUGGUGGUGGAUUUGGGGUGUUCAUGUGGAAGCAACACCAUCAAUGUGGUGGAUGUGAUCAUCAAACACAUCAUCAAACGCUAUGAGGCCUUAGGAUUGGACCCUCCUGAGUUUUCAGCUUUCUUCUCUGACCUUCCUAGCAAUGACUUCAACACCCUCUUCCAGCUACUUCCUCCCUUAGCCAACUAUGGAGUUAGCAUGGAGGAGUGCCUCGCCGCCAACAACCACCGUGCCUACUUUGCCGCCGGCGUCCCCGGCUCGUUCUACCGGAGACUUUUUCCGGCGAGGUUCAUUGAUGUUUUCCACUCAGCCUUUUCCUUGCAUUGGUUGUCUCAGGUGCCAGAACCUGUUAUGGACAAGAGGUCAAGUGCUUACAACAAGGGCAGGGUGUUUAUCCAUGGUGCUAAUGAGAUCACAGCAAAUGCUUACAAAAAACAAUUCCAAACUGACUUGGCAAGCUUCUUGAGCUCAAGGUCAGUGGAAUUGAAGAGAGGGGGGUCCAUGUUUUUGGUUUGCCUAGGCAGAACUUCUGUGGAUCCCACAGACCAAGGUGGGGCUGGCCUCCUCUUUGGGUCCCACUUUCAGGAUGCUUGGGAUGAUCUUGUCCAAGAGGGACUAAUCAGCAGUGAGAAAAGAGACAGUUUUAACAUUCCAGUUUAUGCACCAAGCCUGCAAGACUUCAAGGAGGUGGUUGAAGCUGAUGGUUCAUUUACCAUUAACAAGCUUGAAGUUUUCAAAGGGGGAAGCCCUCUUGUGGUGAACCAGCCAGAUGAUGAUAGUGAAGUAGGGAGGGCCUUUGCUAACAGCUGCAGGAGUGUGUCUGGUGUCCUUGUUGAUGCUCACAUUGGUGACAAGCUCAGUGAGGAGCUGUUUCUGAGAGUGGAACAUAGAGCCACAAGCCAUGGAAAAGAGUUAUUAGAGCAACUACAGUUCUUUCACAUAGUUGCAUCCCUUUCUUUUGCUCUAUGAUAAGAGACAAAGGAUCUGUUUAGAUAAAUUUCUGCAUGAAUACUUCUAAGAAAAAAAAGAUAAGAAAAAAGAAUAAAAUAAAUUUUUCCAUAAGUUAUAAUUAGCUUAUGCACAAGCUAAUUUAUGAUUUUUACAGAUUAACUUAUGAAGAAAUUUAUUUCAUUUUUUCUUAUUUUAUUUUUUUAGAAGUAUAUUUAAAUAAGUUUAUCCAAACAGGUCUGAAAAAGGCCCUGAAGAGGACAAAGGAAAAGGGCUUAUCUAGUUCUCUUAUUAUCCCUCUCUUUCUUUUGUGUGUUGUUAUUUGCACUUUUCACUGCAUAGAAAGAGUCAAAACACACAUGAGAGAGACACAAAAGAGGGUUCAACACUUACUAUGCUAUCUCUAAUUUUCUCCCUCUUAUGAGUGUUUUUGUGUGUUCCUGAUGACAGUAGCUACUUUCUACGCAUCAUGUGCUUUCUGACUUGUGUCCCCUUGGAUCUAAACUAUGAACGCUUUCUUAAUAGCUUAUCAUAGUGCGAAUGUACAUGUCCAUAUUUUGUGAAAGUAGCAUGAAUUCAACGGUGUGCCUUCUGUACCUAACAAACUGGAGUGUCGAAUAUGCCAUUUGUUGAAUCACCUUUUUUCUUUUCAUGUGCUUACCAAUAACAUUUUGUCUAUUGUAUAGGAGGCAUAUCAAACCAUAUCAGAACGCAAGAAGUGAGAAAAGUUAAUCUUAUCAUGUA